AUGUUGGGCCGAGAGUUUUUGUAUGAAAUUCGCUUUAUGGACACUGCAAACGCGGUGGAGGAUGUACACAAGCGGCUUUUAAAAGCUGUCAAGGAUGAAUUUGGGCGUGAAGCGCCUUCUACACACAGUUUGUGUCAGUGCUCGGUGUUGUGUGGCGCGUUCUGUCGUCGCUUGGCUAUGUUAGAUGCUUCUGUGAUUAGAGAUGCGGCUAAAUACGUGGAGCUGCUUCGCUCGGAGCUGAGCAGUCUUGUUUCUCCUGUCCAAGAGGCGUCGUUUUUUGCCUAUGCGAUGGGUGAGAUAGAGGCCUUCUGCACGAUGCGACGGGUUAUGUAUCGUCAGCGCCUCGAUGCGCUUACAAAGUCUGUCCCUGCAUCUCGGUGGGAUGUGGAAAAAAUUACAAACGUGAUGAAGGAUUUAUCAGCUUCCAGCUGGCGUCCUCAGAGUAUUCGCAGUUGCCAUGAAGUAGUUAAACGACCUCGAGAGAUCGGUGAUGCCGGUAGUGAUGGCGUGCCAAUGGCGGUGCGUUGGCGGCUCCCCUUGCGAGACCCCAUUUCGUUGGUAGUCAUAACGAUUCCUGCCAGGGGUUCGUUGUGUCGGCACAAGGAGGUUUUUGACAUGGCGACGUUUGUGCGCGCCACUCAGCGGGCAGCACUACGUCAGAGAGAAUGCGUUGAGGAAACUGCAAACCCGAGGUGGGGUUCUGGUAGCGACGAGGCGUUACCGGCGGUGGCGUGUCCAAUCUGCGGAAGGGCCGCACCGUUGCACGGGGUGCGUGUUGAUGAACUUAUUAUGGGGGCCAUGCACCAACAUGCUGCGAAGGGAGGCACUCUUUCUCCAGACGAUUGUGUGGUCUGGGACGACUCAAGGUCUGCCUAUGAAGUUGUAAAGGCUCCUGCUGCCACGCCUGUAGCUGACGAGAUGUUGGAGGAGAUGCCGGAGAGAGAGCCUGACCAUCCGCUGCGGGUAGUGCACAUUGAAGGCCACGUGCUUUACGCAGAGGAAUGA